UUGUGAGUUGAUAACAAUUUCAAAUUAAAAUAUAAUACAAUGUUUGUUUCUUAUUAAUUGCAGAAAUAACGAUAUUUGAAUUGUUUUUAGACUAAGACACUAUUAUUUUUUAAUUUUAUAAUCUAAUAGUUAUUUUUAUCUAUAUGUAGAUUACAUAUUUUAAGAAUGUCUUCAGUACGAAUGCAACAUUUUGUUACCAGGCUAAAAUCCAAAAACUUUGAAGUUCGCAAACGAGCAGCACGUGAUUUAAAUUUAUAUGUUAAAACUGAACUUAGGGAAGUUUCAGCUGAAGAAAGAGCAAUUUUUAAUGAUGAAUUUAAUCAUCAUAUAUUUGAAAUGGUGUCCAGCUCAGAUAGUAAUGAAAAAAUUGGCGGUAUUCUUGCAAUUUUAUGUUUAAUUGGUGCUGAUGUUGGUAAUAAAAACAAUCGUAUUAGUAGAUUUGCUAAUUAUUUACGAAAUUUAUUACCAUCCACUGACUUGGGAGUGAUGGAAUUAGCAGCUAAAACAGUUGGUAAACUUGCUUUAGAUUCAGGUACUUAUGCAGAUCAGUAUGUUGAAUUUGAAGUUAAAAGAGCAUUUGAAUGGUUGAGUGGUAUUCGUAAUGAACCUAAGAGAUAUGCUGCUGUAUUAAUCCUAAGAGAAAUUGCUACUAUGGUACCAACUUUAUUUUUUCAACAUGCUGCUCAAUUUUUUGAUCUUGUUUUAAAUGUAGUAAGAGAUCCUAAGCCCAAUAUUCGGGAUGGAGCUGUUGAAGCAUUGAGAGCAGCACUUGUAGUUACUGCUCAAAGAGAAACUUCAAAACAAACUCAAAAAUCACAAUGGUAUAAACAGUGUUAUGAGGAAGUUAUUAAUGGAUUAGAUGAUAACAUCAAUAAAGAAAAAGGCGUUACUCGUGAUGAUAAAAUACAUGGUUCUAUAUUGGUUUUAAAUGAAUUACUUAGAGUGAGCAAUAUUAAUUGGGAAAGGCAAUAUGAUUCAUUAAUGCAAAGAUUACAAUGGAAUCAGAGCCAAACAAAUGCAGAAAUUCUUAGCCUACUUCCUCGUACAAAAUCAGCUCUUAAAGGUUUAGUUGGAGGCUCUGGUCGUACAGAUGGAGAUUCUGUACGAAUAGCAUCAUCGGGUAUAAGAUAUGAAAGUAGUGCAUGUAAAAAUUUAUUACAAGAUAAUUAUGAUCGAGUUUGUUCUGGAGCUUUGUCUCAUAGGUUGUCGAGAAGUCCAUUAGUUCAUUCAGCUUUAAUGAAAUUACUUCCAAGACUAGCAGCUUUUAAUAAAUCAAUAUUUGUUCAAAAUUACCUUAAUUCAUCAAUGAUGUAUCUUUUAUCAACAAUUCGUGGCCGUGAGCGUGAACAAAGAACUAAUGCUUUUGUUGCAGUUGGUUUAGUGGCCAUUGCUGUUGAAGACCAUACAAAACCUUAUUUAGCUAGAAUUUUAGAUGUAAUUCGAACGUCACUACCCUCAAAAGAUAGUUCCUCGAGAAAAAGACUUUCAAGUGCAGAACCUGCAGUAUAUGUUUGUAUUACUUUAUUGGGUAUUGCUGCUCAAAAUAACAUUAAGAGUGAUCUCAAAGAAUUGUUAGAACCUAUGUUAGCUAUGGGAUUAAGUCCCACAUUAACUAUAGCACUUAAAGAACUAGCAGUAGCUGUUCCUUCAUUGAAAAAAGACAUUUCAGAAGGUUUAUUGAGAAUGCUUUCUCAAGUGCUCAAUCAUAGGCAUGUUCCUAUAACUAUACCAAUAUCUGCAUCAAGUUCCACUUUGAGUUUGUCUAUAGCAUCUUCCGUAUUGGAACCACAAAAUAUUGCAAGUGUUGUUUUAGCUCUUAGAACACUUGGAAAUUUUAAUUUUGAAGGUCAUUCAUUACUACAAUUCUUAAGAAGAUGUGCUGAGCAUUAUUUGGGUAGUGAACAACAAGAAGUUAGAGUUGAGGCUGUGAGAACUUGUAGUCGUUUGUUGAGAUUAGCUAUAGAGUCACCUCAAAGUAAAUCAUCUCAUACUGUUAGAUACACUAUUACUACUGUUAUAAAGCAAAUUCUUGUUGUUGGAGUUUCUGAUACAGAUCCUGAUGUACGAUAUACAGUUUUUGAGAAUCUGGAUCGCAGUUUUGACUUUUAUUUAGCUCAAGUGCACAAUUUAACUGCAUUGUUUAUGGCUAUGAAUGAUGUCAAUUUUGAAAUACGAGAAAUGGCUUUAUGCACUAUAGGACGUCUUAGUUUAAUAAAUCCAGCUUAUGUAAUGCCACCUCUUCGUAAAACUUUGAUGCAGUGUUUAACUGAAUUAGAACAUAGUGGAAUGGGUCGUAACAAAGAACAAAGUGCUAGAAUGAUUGAUCAUAUGGCUGUUCAUGCUCCUCGUUUGGUAUCACCAUAUGUACAACCUGUUUUAAAAAUAUUGAUUCCUAAACUUGGUGAACCAGAUUUAAAUCCAGGAAUUUUGAUUAGUAUAUUAGCAUGUAUUGGAGAUUUAGCUCAAGUCAAUGGUGAAGAAAUGUGCUGUUGGACUGAUGAACUUUUACCAAUUUUAUUAGAUAUGCUUGGUGAUGGUGGAUCUCAAGAAAAGCGAGGAGUAGCACUCUGGGUACUUGGAAAAUUAGUUGAAGGUCUUGGUUAUGUUAUUCAACCUUAUGAAAAGUACCCUACUUUACUUGAUACUUUACUCGGUUUCUUAAAAACUGAACAACAACCUUUAGUGAGAAGAGAAACCAUAAGAGUUCUUGGUCUUCUUGGUGCCCUAGAUCCUUAUAAACACAAAAUGAAUUUAGGCCAAAUAGAUUCUCAAAUUGAAUCGACAGCUUUUCUUUCUAUGACUGAUUCUCGUCCUAUAUCUGAAACAGAAUGGACUACUAGUGAAAUGCUGGUGAAUAUGAGUACAGCAACUUUAGAAGAAUAUUACCCAGCAGUAGCUAUAGCUACUCUUAUCAGAAUCAUACGUGAUCCAAAUUUAUUUCAACAUCACACUAUGGUUGUUCAGGCAAUAACAUUUAUUUUUCAAUCAUUGGGAAUAAAAUGUGUUCCCUACAUACCACAAGUAAUGCCAAGUUUUUUAAAUGUAAUUCGUACUGCAGAUGCCAACUUUAGAGAAUAUUUAUUGCAACAGUUAGCUGUACUUAUCAAUAUUGUUGGACAACAUGUUCGAAAUUAUUUAGAUGAUAUAUUUUUAUUAAUCAAGGAACUGUGGACACCUAAUAGCUCUCUUCAAUGUACUCUUAUACAACUUGUUGAAUAUAUAGUUGUGGCUUUAGGAGCUCAAUUUAAAACUUAUUUGUCACAAUUAAUGCCAAAUAUACUUAGGAUACUUUAUCAUGAUUCCAGUAAAAAUAGAAAUGUUACUAAAAGAAUGGUUGUUGCAUUAUGUAAAUUUGGUAUAAAUUUGGAUGAGUAUUUACACAUGAUAAUGCCACCACUUGUGAAUUUAUUUGAUGCAACUGAACAUCCAACACAAGUUAGCCAGGUUGCAAUGGAAACUGUUGCUCAGUUAGCAUACAGUUUAGAUUUUACUGAUUUUGCUUCAAGAAUCAUACAUGGAAUUGUAAAUUCUAUUGAAAAUACUCCAGAACUUCGAAAAACUGCUAUGGAAACAUUGUGUGCUCUAAUUUGCCAGUUAGGUCGUAAAUAUGUAAUAUUUAUGCCUCUUGUAUCACGAACUUUAAACAAAUGUCAAUAUAAUUAUCCUGCUUAUGAUACUUUGAUAACAUAUAUAUCUUCAAAUUCUGAAGGGAGCUUGGAAGAAAAUUUAUUGUUGUCAAGACACAAACAGUUUAAAAGCAAAAAAGAAGUUGGAAUGCAUGUUCUUGGAGAUUCAGCUACUAUAAUUAAAAAGAUGCACACUUCUUUACCGAAUUUACAAAAAGCUUGGCUGGCUAAUCGCUGUGUUUCUAAAGAUGAUUGGUUAGAAUGGUUAAGAAGACUUGGGAUUGAUUUUCUUAAAGAGUCACCUUCUCCAGCUCUUAGAUCUUGCUGGGCAUUAGCACAGACAUACUCACAAUUACCUAAAGAUUUAUUUAAUGCUGCUUUUGUAAGCUGUUGGACAGAAUUAACUGAGCCACUAAGAAAAGAACUAAUACAAACAUUAGAACAAGCAUUGAUGGUUUCUGAUCUACCAGAAAUGACACAAACAAUUUUGAAUUUAGCUGAAUUUAUGGAUCAUUGUGAAAAAGGACCUUUACCUAUUGAUACUCAUAUACUUGGAGAGAGGGCAAUGGAUUGUCGAGCAUACGCAAAAGCACUCCAUUAUAAAGAGGAUGAGUUUAUUAAAGAAAAAAACAGACACAUUUGUCCAAAUAUUGUUGAGUCCCUAAUAUCAAUAAAUAAUAAACUCCAACAAAAAGAAGCAGCAUCUGGACUUUUAGAAGUUGUUAUGAGUAAAAGAGAAGAAGAUCAGGAACCUGGAGAGCAGCUCAAAGUACAGGCAAGAUGGUAUGAGAAAUUACACAAUUGGGAACAAGCAUUAUCAUUUUAUGAAAGUUGUUUGCAAAAAGAACCUCAUGAUGUGGAAUGGUCUUUGGGAGAAAUGAGGUGCUUAGAAUCUUUGGGGCAAUGGGGUAAAUUAAGUAAUGUUGCUGCUUCUCAUUGGUUACAUUUUCCCGAGAAUGGACGUGAAAAAAUGUCAAGAGUUGCUGCUGCAGCAGCUUGGGGAUUAAAUCAAUGGCAACAAAUGUCAGUUUAUGUUGAAUGUAUACCUAGAGACACUAUGGAUGGUGCAUUUUAUCGAGCUGUAUUAUCUAUCCACGGAGAACAUUAUGAACGUGCUCAAAAAUAUAUUGAUUUGGCUCGUGAAAUUUUGGAUACUGAACUUACAGCAAUGGCUGCUGAAAGUUAUCAACGUGCAUAUGGUGCUAUGGUUUCUGUACAAAUGUUGGCUGAGCUUGAAGAAGUAAUUCAAUAUAAGUUAAAGCCUGAAAAACGACCAAUAAUUUAUAAAGUCUGGUGGGAUAGACUUCAGGGUUGUCAGCGAGUAGUAGAAGAUUGGCAACGUAUUAUUCAAGUUCAUUCAUUGGUAUUAAGCCCUAAAGAAGAUAUGCAUACGUGGCUUAAAUAUGCUGCUUUAUGUCGAAAAUCAUCUCGAUUGGUAUUGUCUCAUAAAACUUUAACUACACUCCUGGGAAUUGAUCCCUCUCAAAAUCCUAAUGAACCAUUGCCUGUAGAACACCCUCAUGUUACUUUUGCUUACAUCAAACAUAUGUGGACUUCCGGAGCUAAAAUGGACGCAUACAAUCAUUUGAAUACUUUGAUUCAAAAUGUACUACCUCAAUUGAAACGCAAAGGAAAAGAAAGUGAAAAAAUACGUAAUGACUCUACUAAAAAAUUGCUAGCCAGAUGUUAUUUAAAAUUGGGGUGUUGGCAAGAAGAACUUCAAGGGUUAACUGAGCUUUCAAUUCCUGAUGUAUUAGAUUAUUACUCAGCUGCAACAACACAUGAUCCUAGUUGGUAUAAAGCGUGGCAUUCCUGGGCAUACAUGAACUUUGAAACUGUCCUAUUUUAUAAACAUCAAUACCAAAAUAAAUCUCAGUCAAAUGAUCAGGUUGAAAAAGGAACAGUUGAUAAAAAUAAUACUGAAACACAGAAAAAUCUACAAUAUGUAGCUCGAUUUACUGUACCAGCUGUUGAAGGAUUCUUUCGGUCUAUUUCGCUAUCACACGGUAGUUCACUUCAAGAUACAUUGAGAUUGCUCACAUUGUGGUUUGAGUAUGGUCAGCAACCUGAAGUGUAUGAAGCUAUUGUUGAUGGCUUAAGAUCAAGUCAAAUAAAUACAUGGUUGCAGGUUAUCCCUCAACUGAUUGCUCGGAUUGAUACACCUCGUACUUUAGUUAGUCGUCUUAUUCAUCAUUUGUUAAUUGAUAUUGGGAAACACCAUCCACAAGCAUUAGUUUAUCCAUUAACUGUGGCUAAUAAAUCUGCAAGUAUGGUCCGUAGAAAUGCAGCUAAUAAAAUUUUAAAAACUAUGUGUGAACAUAGUCCAAAUUUAGUACAACAAGCUGUAAUGGUCAGUGAUGAAUUACUUCGUGUUGCUAUACUUUGGCAUGAGUUAUGGCAUGAAGCUUUAGAAGAGGCUAGUAGACUAUAUUUUGGUGAAAACAAUAUUAAAGGAAUGUAUGAAGUUCUAGAACCGUUGCAUGCCAUGUUAGAACGUGGUCCUCAAACUUUAAAGGAAACUUCCUUUAAUCAGACGUAUGGCCGAGAUUUGGUUGAAGCAUUAGACUGGUGUAAUCGAUUUUUAAUAUCAGGAAAUAACCGUGAUCUUAAUCAAGCAUGGGAUUUAUAUUAUCAUGUAUUUCGACGUAUAUCACGGCAACUGCCUCAAUUAACUAGUCUGGAACUACAAUAUGUCAGUCCGAAACUUCAACAAAGUCGAAAUAUGGAGCUUGCUGUUCCUGGUUCUUAUAUACCUGGACAACCAGUUGUUAGAAUUGCUUACAUUCAAAAUUCAUUACAAGUCAUUACAUCGAAACAACGACCUCGUAAAUUGUGCAUUAAAGGAAGUGAUGGAAAUGAUUACAUGUUUUUACUUAAAGGUCAUGAAGAUCUCAGACAAGAUGAAAGAGUCAUGCAACUUUUUGGUCUAGUUAACACACUUUUACUCAAUGAUCCUGACACUUUUAGAAGAAAUUUGACUAUACAGAGAUAUGCAGUUAUACCCUUGUCUACAAAUUCUGGUCUUAUUGGUUGGGUGCCACAUUGUGACACAUUGCACACUUUAAUUCGUGACUACAGAGACAAGAAAAAAAUACUACUUAAUAUUGAACAUAGAAUAAUGUUAAGGAUGGCGCCAAAUUACGAUCAUUUGACACUAAUGCAAAAAGUAGAAGUGUUUGAACACGCAUUAGCUAAUACUCAAGGUGAUGACCUAGCCAGAUUAUUAUGGCUGAAAUCCCCAUCUUCUGAAGUUUGGUUCGAUCGCAGAACCAACUAUACAAGAUCAUUAGCAGUCAUGUCCAUGGUUGGAUACAUACUUGGUUUAGGGGAUAGACAUCCAUCAAAUUUAAUGCUUGAUCGUCUAAGUGGAAAAAUUUUACACAUUGACUUUGGUGAUUGUUUUGAAGUGGCUAUGACCCGUGAAAAGUUUCCUGAAAAAAUACCAUUUAGACUAACUAGAAUGUUGAUAAAUGCUAUGGAAGUAACUGGUAUUGAAGGAACUUAUAGAAGUACUUGUGAAAGUGUAAUGACUGUUCUUCGAAAUAAUAAAGACAGCUUAAUGGCUGUACUAGAAGCAUUUGUAUAUGAUCCAUUGCUAAAUUGGCGACUCAUGGAAGCAGGGAUUGGCGCUAGAAGAACUGCUGCUGCAACAGCAGGAGCUACUGUUGUUGGAACAAAUCCUAUUAGUGUUGCAUCAACAGCUACUACUGUAUCAGAAGAACCAAGUAUGGCAGCUAGUUUUGCUGCAUCACUUAGUAAAAAAGCAGCACCCCUCAAUGUUGGAACUGGUGGUGAUUUAGGUGACAUAGAAAAUGAACCAACAGAGGCUUUGAACAAAAAAGCACUAGCAAUUGUUACACGAGUUAGAGAAAAAUUGACUGGUCGUGAUUUUGUUCAUGAACAAGAACUAACUGUACCAAAACAAGUGCAUUUAUUAAUACAACAAGCUACAGCAAAUGAAAACCUUUGCCAAUGUUAUAUUGGAUGGUGCCCAUUUUGGUAAUUGUACUGUAUUUUGUUAAAAAUUUGUUUUUUUCCUUUAUUAUUGUUAUCUUGUAUACUGUAAUUUAAUUUUUAAUACAAAUUAAACUAUUUCUUUUAAUUAAAAAAGUAUAUAUUUUUCUAUUGUUGUAUUUUAGUCUUUGUUGCAUAUAUUUUUAUUUGAUUAUUUAUAGUUUCAAAUUAUCAAAUUACUUCUAUAUGUAAUGAUAAUUGUAAUAUGUACAACUUUUUAAAAACUAAACUUUGUUUGAUUUAAUUCAUUAAAACGUCACACUAUUGAUAUUUGAUUA